AUGGAUGCAGCAGAAGAUAGAGACAUUAAAUUUCAACGUGCAUCUGGGGACCUGAUAAAGGAUCUAACCGAAAGUCUUCCAUCUCUGCUUUGGAAGCCACAAACUGCGAAUGGGCAGGAUGUCCGAGUCGUACGCCGCUGGGCGCAGGCCGCUAUGACAGAGAGGCUCAUAAGCCUUCUUGAGCCUUUCCAAGAGUGGCCGCAGCUUCUAGACCCGCAUCUGCAGAAGUUGCUGCCCCCUCUGGUUGACGCUUUCUUGGCCUAUCUGGUCAAACAUAGUGAACAGUACGCCGCGAGAGCACCCCGAACACGGCAACAUGGGACUCUUUAUCCUCUCCCAAGAGCUAUUGGCAAACUUAUGUACACCUUUUGCAAGGUUCGGGGGGUCAAGGUUGUCAGCAGGUUCUUGAACAAUGAACCCAAGUAUCUCGACCCGCUACUACGAGCAUUCAUCCAGUGGGACUCAGUCCAAACUAAUUAUCCGAUGGAAAUAGCAACAGGGGACGAUUCAAAGCGACUCAUUUGGGAAGAGCGAUAUAUCAUGUUAUUAUGGCUCUCACACCUCUUGCUUGCUCCUUUUGAUCUGGCCUCUAUGUCUUCAGAUAAUAUACCUGUGCCUCAUGAUAAUUUGGACCAGCUGAACAUGUUACCACCAGAGACGCCCGCAAUUGCAAAGUCUAUUCUUUCAGUGGCUUUGAAAUACGUUAGUGUCCCUGGAAAGGAGCGGGAGGCCGCAACCGUGCUGUUGGCACGUCUUGCACUUCGCCGAGAUAUGCACGCUGAUCUUCUCAACAAACUGAUUGACUGGGCUUUUUACACGUUACAACCGGAAGAUGGUACUAAGUUGCCUUCUGUCUACACGUGUGUUGGGGUGUUAUCUUUUCUCGCUCGCUUAGGAGCGUCGAGCCAGGUUGAAGAUUUCAUGCACCUCGUUGUCCCUAUAUUUGGACGGACCCUUCGCAUUGCUCAAUCAGAUUCGGUGACAUGCAAGGCGAUUAGGUCUUCUGCCUUGGCACGGAAAAUGAUGAUUAAGAUCCUUCGCACGUUCACGGUUAUGGCUUUAGCUAUAAAUGAGAGAGCUGAUGGUAAUCUCACUGAUGAAAAUAUAUCUUCGAUACUAGAAGAUACCAUUGAUCAUUUCCUGGUCUCGCUUGCUGACGAUGACACACCUGUGCGGCUUGCUGCGAGCAAAGCUUUGAGUAUUAUAACAUUGAAGUUAGACUCUGUCAUGGCAGUAGAUGUCAUCGAUGCUGUUCUUGGAUCAUUGGAAGAGAACAUCCUAUAUGAGAAGCGCGACGGCACCCUAGUGACGCCGUUCGAAGCGCGAAGGAUCGGCUUUAACACUUUAAAGCGCAACCUGAGUGCAGUCGAUGCCCAGAGAUGGCACGGGUUGUUGCUGACUUUAGCUCAUUUGGUCUUUCGGCAUGCUCCUCCAACGGAGCAACUUCCCAGCGUGCUGCAAUCCCUUGUGUCUGGUCUUGACUUCGAGCAGAGAUCUGCAACUGGAAGCUCUAUUGGAACUGCAGCUCGGGAUGCUUCCUGCUUUGGCAUAUGGGCACUGUCUCGAAAGUAUACAACAAAGGAAUUGCUAGCGUUAGAUGCGCAAUCAAUCCAUUUUUCUGCAAGUCAAGAAGGGAUGAGCGUUGUGCAAAUGUUGGCCGUCGAGCUUGUACGUGCUGCAUGCGUCGACCCUUCGGGAAAUAUAAGACGAGGUGCCUCCGCUGCCCUACAAGAACUUGUCGGUCGCCAUCCUGAUACUAUCCUUGAGGGAAUCUCUCUUGUGCAGGUAGUAGAUUAUCAUGCGGUUGCGCGCCGCUCACGGGCGAUGAUUGGUGUUGCAAAGGCGACAGCGGAUCUCAACUCCGUUUAUUGGAGUCCUCUCGUGGAAUCAUUGAUGCAGUGGAGAGGUAUUGGUUCUCCUGAUGCGGAAUCCAGAAGACAAGCAGCAAGGGCGAUUGGAGCAUUGAGUGCUCGAGAAUCGUACAAGACUAUGGGGCUGGUUCUCCGGCAACUUCUUGAGAAGCUUUCUGGCAUUUCCCGGGGUGACACGGAGACAAGGCAUGGCUGUCUGCUAUCAAUUGCCGCUGUUAUUGAUACUUAUAAUAGUCAGCUGGAUAUUAUGGUUGAUAGUAAGCAUUCCUCCGGUGCUUUUGAUGUUCGCCACCAGAUAGGAGAUCUUUGGGAAAUAUUUGAUUCAUCGUUUGGUCCAACCCCCGAAGAUCUUACCCUCCAAACUGCGCGGCCCGAGUUGACUGCUGAGGCGGCUUCACGCCUGGUUUCCUCUCUUUCUCAGUCAACUGUCCAGGAUCCGGAAAUGCUUCAUCCCUGCGCUGCCUUGCUUGAUACGGUGCUUCAGAUUCUCUCGCUAUCAGUAUGCCGAGUGGAAGAUAUUGUCAUUGAGGCUUCCUCUGAUGCUCUAUCGAAGUUGUUUCUUCUUUUCCCAUCCUCCAAACGACAGGAGACAGUGCAAAGCUGGAUUGCUCAUACUCAGGCCGCUAGCAAAUUGCCGACAGGGCGCGGUCAGAUACUAGCUCUUGGAACGGUGUUUAAGCGAGUUGAGGCAAUAGACUCUUUGGGUGAAUCUGUCAUAGAGGAAUUGCUGCGCUGUGCUGUAAAGGAGGAGCUGAUUGAAAAGAGGGUGACCGCCGUGAAGUGCUUGUCAGCCGAGGUUAUGCCGUAUGCAGCUGUCACGGAUACCAUUGUAGACCACUUUGUCGGCUUCCUGAACGAUUACACGACAGAUAGACGAGGCGAUAUUGGGUCCUUGGUCAGAGUAGAAGCGCUUCAAGGUGCCCGGGUGAUUCUUCAAAAACAUCAUGGUUCAACCUUUCGCAGCGAGUGUACCCAGAAACUCCUCGGCUGCAUAUCCCGACUUGCUGCAGAGAAACUGGACAAGGUCCGUUUCCAGGCAUGGCUCUGUCUACAGAGAUUCUGGGAGUUGGGAAACGACUUUCCACGGUUGCAAAGGAAAUAUGAGCAUUUCAUCGAUGUGUCUUCACCACAUUAUUUCCUUCAGCUACUGGAGUUGCAACAAGUCGAGUGGCUCCGCCUGCCGCUUAUCCAAGGUAUUGCUACUUCAGCCGUCGCUGGAUCUGAGGGUCUCAUUCGUGCAUCGCGUUCAGCAUUGGUGCAGUACAUCAAUGCAUGCGAAGAACAGCAGCGACAAGUUGUGGUUACUACACUCCUCAAUAGCCUAAUAAUUAUCCUAAGCGAGAAUAUGCAGGAUGACCGCUACGCAAUACCGGUUAUGGAGUUAACUGCUUUCUUAAUUGAUGGAUAUAUAUCCACCAUUUCUGCAGGGCUGGAACCAAGCCUCAGGAAGGUCUUUAUUCUUACCCAGAAGGCACAUUUCAAAUCAUCGAAUAUAGCUCGCUUAGAGGCGGCGAUUAAGGUCUACGCGCCAUUAGCGAGACUCGAGCAACUACGACCAGACGUGCUCAAGAAGCUGUCAGGGAUGUUGCUGCAUCCAUUCCCCAAGGUAUGUUUCUGCACAAUUCCCGCAGCUCUUGCAUUAUUAAUUUCCGUUCAGGUCAGGGCAGUUGUUGCAGAUUACCUGUUCAUGGAGACGGGUUUGGACUUUGUCAGAAACGAAGAUUGGACUCGGCAGCCAAAGCAGAUGAAGGGAGAUGUUGAAAGGCUAAGAAGGGUAUUGGUUGUGUAGAUUUAUAUGAAAUUCAAACCUCAUAUC